UAAAAUGGUUUUUUGAAAAAAUGAUGAAAUCUCUCUCUUUAUAACUCCAUAGUUAUCUAUAAUAAAGUUGGAGUUGGAUUCUUUAAUUCCUUUUCUUCUUUAAUGCACUUUUUUUUGACCCUUUUUAUAUUUGAGCUUAUUUUUUUUUUUUGUUAUACAAAGAUUUUUGUAAAGUUACAAUCUUGGUCUGUGUGAGGUAAAUUUAGAUUCAAUGUUCUUCAGCUAAUGGAUAAAACUGACUGCAUUUUUUAUCUGAAUGGUUAAAGGUCGGUUUUUGUUAAAGUUUCAAUCUUUGCACUGUUGAGGCUUAUCAUCACAAGGUUCCUACGUUGUGGACGUCAACCUUAUUACUAUGGGAAAGUCUCCUGGAAAGUGGCUCAGGUCAUUACUGCCAGGGAAAAAGUCUUCCAAAUCUGGCACAUCAAAGAAAUCUUCAAAUGAGAAAGCAUCUGUAAUUUCCACCAACGCGGCAUUGUCCGGUUCGUCUGUCCAUCCGCCAUUGAUAUCUGAACCAGUUGCUGGUAAUGCUAGUGGAAUAAAAGAAGAUUCAAACUUUGAAAAAAGAGGGGUCACUGAUGAGGUGAUUCUCCCUUCUAUGGAGCGAAAUAAAUACGAAGAAAAUACAUGUCUUACCUUACCCGAGGAUACUGAGAAAAUGAGGCUUGAGCAAGCUGCUACAAAGACACAAGCUAUUUUUAGGGGUUAUCUGGCUCGCCGGGCAUUUCUUAGGCUCAAAGGUGUCAUAAGGCUACAAGCUGCAGUACGCGGCCAUCUGGUAAGAAGGCAGGCUGUUGCUACAUUAUACUGUAUUCAUGGUAUUGUGAAGCUUCAGGCACAUGUCCGGGGCCAGAUUGUUAGAUGUUCCAAUAUUGGCUAUGAAGUGAUAACCAAACGAGGACUUGGACAACAGGAUGCUAAACAAUUGGAUUAUGCAUCAAAACUGGCGAGGGAGCUAUCAAAAAAUGAAUUCACUACCAAGCUACUCGCUUCAUCACCUGCUGUAAUGCCUCUACACCUCCAUUAUGGUCCAGAGGAACCAAAUUCUAGUGAGCAAUGGCUAGUCCGUUGGACUAUAUCGCAGAUUUGGCAACCACGAUCUAAACCGGAAACACUUUCGAGAAAAAAACAUCAACAGGUUGAAGCAGACAUUGCUAUGUCAAAGCACAAUGGAAGGAAAGUACAUUCUAAAAAAAUGCAGAACGGUUCAAAUCAUUCCACUUCUUUGGGAUCAGAAAAGAAGAAAUCAAGUAAUUUGGUAAAAUCUGUUUUUCAGAAUCCAGGAAGUGAGAUUAAGAAGGUAAAACAUAAUUUAAAGAAAACAUCCAGCCCUCUAUUGGAAAAGCCAGUUCAGUCUGAGGUUGAUACUGAGCGAAAAAGGCAAAAUCAUGACAAAACAUCAAGCAUGACAUCUGAUGAACCAUUGAAAAGUUCAGAAGGGACAGUUGAAAAUUCUACUAAGGUGGACCCACCUCAAGAAACCGUUGUGGUGGAUGAUCCUAUUCCUCAUUUGGAUAACCUUUCUUUAUCUGAUACUCAUCACAAAUCAGCUACUGAUGCUGCGGAUCAGAAAUCGAUCACUGAUAACAGAGAGGUUACUCCUGUUGCAAAUGGCGAUUCUUGUACUAACCAUGAUAAUAAUGAAAGUAAUGAAAGCAACAAGGUUAAAAGAAGAGUUUCUUUACCUGCAAAGUAUGAUGUAGAUGCAAGUACGCCAACGACAAGAAAGGUGCCGAGCUACAUGGCUCCAACCAAGUCUGCUAAGGCUAAGCUGAAAGACCAAGCCUCACCAAGGUUUGGGCAAGAUGUAGCUGAGAAGAAUGCCCCAACCAGACGUCAUUCUUUGCCAUCCCCUAUGAAUGGAAAGCUGAGUUCUUCACCAUCACCACGGGUGCAGAGGCUGGUCCAAGCUAGUGCAAAAGAAGGAAUCAAGAUUGACAGAUCUUUUUCAUCUUCAAGGGAUGGUACUGAUAAGAUGACCCGAGCAGAAUGGAAACGGUAACUCUGCAAGAUUCUCAGAUGUAGCAGGAAAGUAGUACCCGCAGAAUUCGAGAAGGGGAUCGAUUACUGACAGAACAAAGCUUCAUUUUGUCCAUAUUCCUACUUUUGAUGUUAGAAAGGAAUCAACUUAUAAGAUAUAGGUGGUGUGCCUUUUGCUGUCUUUUUAUUUUUGCUUGGGAAAUAUUGCAAGAGUUUGUACUGGCUGGACUUUAGAUAUAGGUUUGUUUUGUUAAGGCUUUAGACAAGUUGGGUUGAUAAUAUAGAAUGUGUGAUUUUGAGGCAAA